AUGGUGCCAACAAAAAACAGCUUGAGGCUCACCGACAAGCCAUCACUCUCAAUAGCUAGUAGAUUUGAUCUGCUCCCAGCCGUAGCUUCGAUCCUAAUCGCGGGCCUUGCUGCUCUGUUUACGGGGCUCAAGCGAGACAGAUCCGGCACACCAACCUUCUAUCUUCAUGUCGCGUACGCCAUUCUACGCAAGGCGAGCGCUCGCCUCUCUCCAUUACAGUUCCAAUGGAUAUCCCCUUCCACGGAUGAAGUGUAUAAGCAAUAUAUGCAGUCGCGAGGGGCUGUACCCCAAUCAAUAGAACUGGAAUAUGAUGCUAAGGGCCAUUGGAUUGGAGACAAACAUGCACGGAAUGUAUUGAUCUGGUACCACGGAGGAGGUUUCUGUCUACCUGCCAACAUUGGCUACUUUAAAUUCUGGGAAAGCCUCAUUCAGAGUUCGUCCGCUGCGGGCAAGGAUCUUGCAGUGUUCGCAGUCGCAUAUAGACUUGCUCCAAACGCUCAGUAUCCGACGCAGCUUAUUCAAUCAGUCGAAGCACUGAGAUACAUUUUAACCAAAACUAAUCGUACCCCAGCCAAUAUUCUGUUAGGUGGCGACUCUGCGGGUGGCAACCUGGCCGUCGGAGUUCUCUCGCACCUAACAUCGCCCCAUGAAGCAAUAGUCAAAUUGGACGUCCGGGAGCCACUGGCGGGGACCGUCCUCAUUGCACCGUGGACAUCUCUUGAUACGAGCCCAGACACAGAAUUUAACUGUCUCGGUGACGUGAUUACGCCGGACGUUGCCAAACCCUGGUCACAAGCGUAUCUAGGAAAUGCGAAGCAUGAUUACUAUACCGACGCCAGUAUUGCUCCUUCAAGCUGGUUUCAACAUUUAGAAACACAGAAAAUUCUGGUUCUGGCAGGGGCAAAUGAAAUUAUGUUGCCGUCAAUUCGACAGUUCGUUGAGAAAGUCAAGACUGGAUUUCCUACGGUUGAAUUAUUUAUUGGGCACCAGGAAGGCCAUGUGGCCCCUAUAUACAAUUUGUAUGUGGGAGAUAGUAAGGAAACACAACAGGGGAAGAGAUUGAAAGCCUGGCUGAGAGAGAUCCUCUGA